UAGGCGACAUCAAGAUGAAGCUGAACAUCUCUUUCCCAGCUACUGGCUGCCAGAAACUCAUUGAAGUGGACGAUGAACGCAAACUUUGUACCUUUUAUGAAAAGCGAAUGGCCACAGAAGUCACUGCUGAUGUCUUAGGGGAAGAAUGGAAGGGUUAUGUGGUUCGAAUCAGUGGUGGCAAUGACAAACAAGGCUUCCCCAUGAAGCAGGGUGUCUUGACCCAUGGCCGUGUCCGCCUGCUGCUGAGUAAGGGGCAUUCCUGCUACCGUCCACGGAGGACUGGAGAAAGAAAGCGCAAAUCUGUCCGGGGUUGCAUUGUGGAUGCCAAUCUCAGUGUUCUCAACUUGCAGCGCACAAAGAAAAACAAGGAAGAGGCUGCAGAAUAUGCUAAGCUUUUGGCCAAAAGAAUGAAGGAGGCCAAAGAAAAACGCCAAGAACAGAUUGCAAAGAGACGGAGGCUAUCUUCGCUGAGAGCUUCUACCUCAAAGUCUGAGUCUAGUCAAAAAUGAGAUUGUUGUAAGAGAAACAAAUAAAUAAGAUCAGACAUCAAAAAAAUAAAAA